AUGGUGCCCCCAGGCAAUAGGGGAUCAUGGGGCCCCUGUGUCCUUGCCCAAACUCAAAAACGCCUAUGAAAAAGUCUUAGAAAAGCUAAAAAAAAUGAACAAUACAUAGGUCUAAAGUGAAAGGCAGAAGAGCUAUGCAUGGAGGAAGUAGGGGCGAGCCAGGGGCGGACUGACAACUCAUGGGGCCCCUGGGCAAUAGGGGAUCAUAGGGCCCCUGUGUCCUUGCCCAAACUCAAAAAAGCCUAUGAAAAAGGUACCAGGGGCAUCUCAUGGGGCCCCCUACUGACCCCGGGCCCUCGGGCAGUGCCUGAGUUUCCAAAUGGUCAGUCCACCCCU